AUGAUGGAUAUUAAGGAUAGAACUAUUGAGUUCCAGAGGUCAGUCACCAGCUACAGCAGGAGAAAUGCGAAGCAAGGUGCGGGCGGGCCCGGUGAGGGGGCAGACAGGCAGUCGCUGCGCAAAUCCGAGUUCCAGCAGCGGGCAUCUCGGAUUUCACACGAGAUAGCGAACCUGGCGCAGAUGCUGUCGAAACUGGCACAGCUGGCGAAGCGCAAGCCGAUGUUCAACGAUAAUCCGGUGGAAAUAGCGGAGAUGACGUACCUCAUCAAGCACAAGAUAUACAGCGUGGAGCAGGAAAUGAUGGAGCUGUCCCGGCACAUGCCAAAUAACGGCGGCGGGGUGGCAGACGGGGGUGCACAGACACGGCUUCACACGAAGAACGUUGUGAACCUGUUGAACACGAAGAUGAAGAACAUAAGCGGCGACUUCAAGAGCGUGCUGGAGGCGCGCCAGAAGCUUGAAUUGGCGAACCGGGACCGCUGGGAGAAAAUAAGCGCUGAUCGGAACUCUGCGGCUGCCGCAUCCCUUCAGGACGGGCUUCCGAUGGGCGGUAUGGGGGUAUCCAGUGGCUCUGCUGCGGCAUACAACAGUGCAAAUCCAUUCAUGAGCAGUCUGCUUGCCGAGGACGAUGCUUCGGGGCAACCCAACGGACAGCUAUCGUUGCCGAAUGAGGAAAGUGUGCUGCUACUGGAAGAGCAGCAAACGGCGAACCAGCAAUACCUACAGGAACGUGGGCGGGCGGUCGAAACCAUAGAGUCCACCAUCCAAGAAGUGGGGAAUCUAUUCCAGCAGCUGGCGCACAUGGUGCAGGAGCAGGGCGAAACUAUACAGAGGAUCGAUGCCAACGUCGAGGAUAUCGAUAUCAACAUCGCAGGAGCACAGAGAGAGCUGCUCAAGUAUUUUGAUAGAAUAAGCAGCAACCGAUGGAUGGCGGUGAAGAUAUUUGCCAUUCUGUUUGCCUUCUUCCUGGUAUGGGUGAUUGUCAAUUGA